AUGGCAUCAGCAGUGGUUGACAGUGGAGAUUCUGUUCUGGAGCUUUCCAGCAAUGGAGUAGAAAAUCAAGAGGAAAACGAAAAGGUUUCUGAAUACCCAGCAGUGAUUGUGGAGCCAGUUCCAAGUGCCAGAUUAGAGCAGGGCUAUGCAGCCCAGGUUCUGGUUUAUGAUGAUAAGACUUAUAUGAUGCAAGAUGUGGCAGAAGAACAAGAAGUUGAAACUGAGAAUGUGGAAACAGUGGGUGUAUCAGUGCAUAGCAGUAAUGCACACUGUGCAGAUAAGACAAUUGAAGCUGCUGAAGCCCUGCUUCAUAUGGAAUCUCCUACCUGCUUGAGAGAUUCAAGAAGUCUUGUGGAAGUGUUUGUCCCUCCUUGUGUGUCAACUCCAGAGUUUAUCCACGCUGCUAUGAGGCUGGAUGUCAUAACAGAAACAAUAGUGGAGGUGUCCACUGAAGAGUCUGAACCAAUGGAGACCUCUCCUGUUCCUACAUUACCGGACAGCCAUAAACUGAUGAAAAAGAAAAAAGUUGGCCGUAAACCGAAGACCCAACAGUCACCAAUUUCCAAUGGGUCUCCUGAGUUGGGUAUAAAGAAGAAACCCAGAGAAGGAAAAGGAAACACAACCUAUUUGUGGGAGUUUCUUUUAGAUCUACUUCAAGAUAAAAAUACUUGUCCGCAGUAUAUUAAGUGGACUCAGAGAGAAAAAGGCAUAUUCAAGCUUGUAGAUUCAAAGGCUGUCUCCAAACUUUGGGGAACACAUAAGAACAAGCCAGACAUGAACUAUGAAACUAUGGGAUGGGCUUUGAGGUAUUAUUACCAAAAGGGUAUUCUUGCAAAGGUUGAAGGACAGAGGCUCAUAUAUCAGUUCAAGGAUAUGCCCAAAAACAUAGUGGUCAUAGAUGAUGACAAAAUUGAAACCUGUAAUGAAGAUUUAGCAGCAGCAACUGAUGAAAAAUAAUUAGAACGGGUGUCACUGUCUGCAGAAAGUCUGCUGAAAGCAACCUCCAUUCGUGGUGGGAAAAACUCAUCUCCUUUAAAAUGCUCCAGGGCAGAGAAGGGUGUAGCUAGAGUUGUAAACAUCACUUCCCCUGGUCAUGAUGCUUCAUCCAGGUCUCCUACUACUACCACAUCUGUGUCAGCAACAGCAGCUCCAAGGACAGUUUGUGUCGCAAUGCAAGUUCUUGUUGUAAUGACAUCGUUGGGUCAGGAAAUUUCAACUGUGGCAGUUCAGUCAGUCAAUGCAGGUGCACCGUUAAUAACCAGCACUAGUCCAACAACAGCAACCUCUCCAAAGGUAGUUAUUCAGACAAUCCCUACUGUGAUGCCAGCCUCUACUGAAAAUGGAGACAAAAUCACCAUGCAGCCUGCCAAAAUUAUUACCAUCCUAGCUACACAACUUGCACAGUGUCAACUGCAGACAAAGUCAAACCUGACUGGAUCAGGAAACAUUAACAUUGUUGGAACCCCACUGGCUGUGAGAGCACUUACUCCUGUUUCCAUAGCCCAUGGUGCACCUGUAAUGAGACUAUCAGUGCCUACUCAACAGUCAUCUGGCCAGACUCCUCCCCGAGUUAUCAGUGAGGUCAUAAAAGGGCAGGAGAUUAAAUCAGAGGCAGUGGCAAAGAAGCAGGAACAUGAUGUGAAAACUUUGCAGCUGGUACAAGAAUAAAAACCAGGGGAUGGAAACAAGACAGUGACCCAUGUGGUGGUUGUCAGUGUGCUUUCAGCUAUUGCCCUUCCCGUAACUAUGAAAAUGGAAGGACUAGUGACAGGAGAGAAAUAA